AGAAAUUUCACACGUCGACGCUUAUUUUUACAGAGCCGUCCACACAAGCAUGAGCCUGCCGCCCAACUGGACCGCGUACAAGACCGCGGACGGCAAGGAGUACUACUACAACGCGCAGACCAAGGUCACGACGUGGGACCGGCCUGCGCCCAUCGCGUCGGCCAAGCCCGCAGCCGCACCGAGCCCGGCGCCAAGUGGUGGCGCGGGCCGCGGCAGCCUCCUCGCACAGAUCGAGCAAGGAAAGAAACUGAAAAAGGUGACGACGCGAGAAAGCGCGCCCCUCGCCGCUGUCGAGCCUCCAUCGUCGUCGUCGUCGGGCGGUGGCAACCCCCUCUUUGCCGCGAUUGCAGGCGGCGCCGCCAACCUCAAAAAGACCAACCGCGGGUCGCCGUCGCACGCGGUUGCGCCUACCAACAACGAUGCAAGUCCGAGCAACGGCAGCAGUAGCGGCGGUGGUGGCUUUGCCGAGAUCAUGCGCAAGAAUCGCGCGGCAGCGGCCCGGAAAGCGUCGUCGUCGGGGGCGCCCUUGAGCAACGGCAGCAGCUCGAGCACUGCGAGCCCCGUCACGCCAACACCGACGCCGAUGCCGGCCUACCGCAAGUCGGUUUCGAUGGUGCCAUCCGGGUCCUUGACCAACCUUCUCGCCGCCGAGGGCGGGUCCGGUCCACUCGAAGAGCAGCUCAACCGGAUUGAAGCCAAGCUCGACAAGAUUAUGGCCGCGCUCAACCUUGCCUAAUCAUCAAACACCAUUCAACACAUACAAAAGGACUACCAACGUAUUUUCUCAUAAAAAGCGGAUUCGAGACUAGGGCA